AUGCCCGCUGCCUUCCCAGCCAGAGGCACGGCCCGCUGCGGCGGCGGCGGCUGCGACCUGCACGGGGAGGGCGGGCCCGCUCCGCCCGCGGACGGGCCCGACCGGCAAAGACCGGCUCCGCCCGGCCCCCGCAGCCUGGAUGCCCCCAGACUGCCCCCAGGGCCCGCCAGCAGCCGCUGCUGGGACACGACACCCCACCCCUUCCCAGCCUCCGCAUUCCCGCUCCUUUCCCCGAAGGAAACUGCCUCGGGAGCGCCCCUGAAGCACGCGCGAGGCGGCGGCGGUGCCGGCACUCCCCGUGUCCCUGUCGGGCAGGUUCAAGGGGUCCGUCACGGCAGCGGGGCGGGGGGCGGAAGGGAGCCGAGGGACCGGUCGGCGCCCCGCGGCCGAUCCUUUGCAUAUUUUACAAUUAAAGACAGACUGCCACAGAUCCUCACAAGAGUUAUUGAUACUCUGCAUCGACAUAAAAAUGAAUUUUUUGAAGAACAUGGUGAGAAGGGUGUUGAAGCAGAGAAGAGAGCUAUAUCUUUCCUCUCCAAACUGCGGAAUGAACUGCAAACAGACAAACCAGUGACCCCUUUGGAAGAUGAGCUGCCUGAUGCUGCACUGUGGAACCAAUACCUGGACUACCAACGAAAUUUAUCAAAUGGAAAUGGAGAACCAAGUUGGUUUCAGUCCCCUUGGUUGUUUGUAGAGUGUUAUAUGUAUCGAAGAAUUCAUGCAGCAUUAGCACAGAACCCACCUAUUGACAACUUUGACGUAUUUAAGGAAGGAAAGGCUCAAAAUUUCUUUGAAUCCCAAGAGGCUGUUAUUGCCUUAUGCACUUACUUUCAGGAACUUCUUAAGAACAUCAAGGAUCUAGAUGAAAAACAACUUAAGGAGGAGCUCUUUAAGCUAUUGCAGGUGUCAUUGUGGGGCAAUAAGUGUGACCUUUCUUUUUCAGCUGGUGAAGACAGCUCUCAGAAAUCUAGUCCCUUACAAUCCUUGGAAAACAUGGUACCUUACAUCUUAGUGAAUGAUAUGGAAAAAGUUUGGUCAUUACUUGUAAAUGCCAAAACAAAUAGAACAGAAAGAAGUAAUGUUAGAGUUGACAUAAUCCUGGAUAAUGCUGGGUUUGAACUUGUAAGUGAUCUUGUGUUGGCUGAUUUCUUGUUAUCGUCAAAGCUAGCUGAUGAAAUCUAUUUCCAUGGAAAAAGUAUUCCAUGGUAUGUGUCAGAUACCACAAAGCACGAUUUUAACUGGACUGUUAAACAACUGCAGUCAGCUAAUCAUAUGUGGAUGUCUAGGUGUGGGAUAAACUGGGAGGGCAAUUUGAAAAAGGGAGUUUGGGUUUUCUGUGACCACAUGUUUUGGACUUUGCCACAUGACUUCUCCAGUAUGGGUGGAGUUGCUCCUGACUUGUAUGCUGAGCUACAGAAGUCAAACUUGAUUUUUUUCAAAGGUGAUCUAAACUACAGAAAAUUAACAGGAGAUAGAAAAUGGGAAUAUAGUGUCCCGUUUCAUCAAGCCUUGAACAAGUUUCAUCCUGCGCCUCUCUGUAGUUUGAGAACACUGAAAUCUGACACUCAGGUUGGCCUAAAACCUGGACAAGGUGAACAAAUUCAGGCUUCUGAACCCGAGUGGAUGGUAAGUGGGAAAUAUGGGGUAGUUCAGUUUGAUGCUGGUCUCUAGCUAAAUGAUUCUUAAUAUUCUGAAAGAGAGAUUUAGUCUAGUUACUUUCUCUAUUCCAUGCUUGGCUUCAGCAAAGAUUCUUUCUUGUUUGCACUUUUUCCUCCCAAGUGAUUUGUUCUUUUUGUUCCACAAAAAACUUUAAUGUCGUGCAAAAAUUUACAAAUGGUCUUUGUAUAUGUAAAUCAUCUGUAUUUCAAUAUAGUUUGUUUUCCUAAUGCCCAACAUCAGCAGAUCUUUAAGAUGAAUAUGUAGUUGUCCAUAAUAUUUUUUUCUUCAUUAGUGGGUAUGAGUCUAUAGCUUAACAAGUGAAAAAUCUGCUUCAGAAACCAUUUCCUCAAUCCCACAUUAGCAUGUAUUUACUUAUUUCAGGCUAAUUUGUGCUCCACAUGCCAGGCAUUGCAUGAAAGUUAUUAUUUUAGAGAAGUCACAAAUUAAUUCCAGACAGAUUCUUCUGAUGUUUGAUUAUAGUUUGCUGUACAUUACAUGAUAAGUUAUUGGGUGACAGCUUGUAAACAUUCGUGUAGGAUUGAAAAUGAAAUUUAAAUUUUAAGAUACAAGUGGAUGUUGCUGGCCAGUUUGCCUGUAGGAGGGGAGUUCUCCCAUCUUGUAGGAAGAUUAGUGGGAGAAAGGAAAAUUUCAUUUUAAGAACAUUGAACAUAUUGUUUAUCUAAGGACCUCUACCAAAAAUAAGCACACAAAACCCCCUCCCCAAGUAAACAAACCAAUGAACAGUUGCAUUAAUUGGAUUUUAGAUUUAAUGCAGACUUGAAUUAUAGAUGGCCUGUCAGCAGUGUAUGUGGUUCAAGCACUGCUGCUUCUUUCUGUGUGGUAAUUCUCUUUAUUUGUUUUUAUUUGUCUGUUGUUUUACAAAAGGUGCCUUACUUUUGAGGGGGGGAAGUACAGUUCUGGUUGCACUGAGAAGUAUAUGCUAGAGAAGCAUAUGCCAUACAGGUUUCCUGCUAAUUGGAAUUGUUAGGUGCCCAAUUCUUCUCUUCUACCCUGGUCUCAAAAGCUGCUGCUAAUUAUGUUCAUACAGUAAAGAUCUGUACAAUGGAUAAAUAUGGUCUAGAUGCAGAUGACUGAUUAUUUGUGUUUGUGUUCUUCUUAAAUCUAAAGAAUAUUUUAAAGUUUUAAGGUCAAGUGUUCUAAAACAAAGAUGCAAGGAAUUUCAUGAAGCAAUGUGAUAGUAGUAGGUAGGGUUCUGCUUUUGAGACAUGGGUUUAGUGCUCUCAUCUAUUUGUAUCUCUGGCUUAGUACUCCUAAAGGGUGAAUUUAUGCUCAUCCUUAGGCACCUGACUGAACUGCAGAAAUUAGAAAUCCAGUCAAGGCAGCUGAAGGUCAGACUGCUGAAGGUUUCUUUGACUGGAGAGAGCUCAGCAGGCCUCUCGCUUUAGUGCUUUGGUUAAGUACAUAAACAACACCAUGAACCUGUGCACUGGAGCCUCAGUUUCUCAUCUGUGAAAUACUGUUAACUUGUUUUAAGUGUAUUUUGAAGCAACAACUUUGGGUCAAGAAGGGCGGGGUGGAAACUGUAGAAUAUAUGGAAUGAAAACUUCCCGCCUAGUUCAGACAUGAAAUGAACAGGGGAAGAAAUAUGCUUUGCCUGUGGACAGACUGUUUGUAAGGUGCUGACUUAAUUUGCUGAGAGGUUUGAAAGAGUGUAAUGGACAAGAAGAGGAUUGUUUCACUGUUGAGGCCACCCUUGACGAAUAGAUUUGCCCCUUACACAAUCCUUACAACAUGCUCAGAAACUUGGUUUUGUUUUUCAGUGGUUCUUAAUGUGUCUCUGUACCCAGGUGGCUUUCAAGCUGUUACUUCUGAGAACUCACAGUGCAGAUCAUUGAAAAUUAAAGUUAUGAAGUUAUGAGAAAUAGAAUCCUACAAAAUACUAAAUCACUUAGGAGAUGUUGUGGCAUUUGCUCAGUUAACUGAAUUAUCCCACUGGAGAUUGUGCAUUAAUGUUCGUGAGGAAGAGUGCCGUGAGACAUGUAAUUCGUAGGUUAGCAUGUGCAUGCUGAUGUAAGGGAUGAUGUCAUGCUGAAAAAAAUCAGUUCUAUUAUCCAGUUUAUUAAAUGAGCACUUCUCAUCUUUUGCCCCUCACAAAGAGAAGUUUAUAUGGUAAUACACAGUAUGACUGCAUGGCUACAUGAGGAAUGCACAGCCAUAACUUCCAAAUGCUUGACUUCUAUUGCUGUAAUUGCAAAGUGCUAUCUCCAGGCAGAACUGAAUGUGCAGCAUACUUUUCUGUUUGUUGGUUGGCCAGAUUUUUGUAAAAUUUUGAUUGAUUCUGUGGAAAAAACUUCCAAACAUAAAUGGUGCUGAAAUGCCUGUGUUAUGUUCUCCCAUGCCCCAAAGAAGCAGUGAAGACAGAUACUCUGAUGAAAUGCUGUGCUCUGCUGAUGGGUUUGCCACAGUUUAGUUGAAAAUAGGAAAUGCUUUUGUAGCUACUUGGUGUCAAUUACUUGUGUAAUAUAGCUUCAUGAAAUGGCAUCAUGAGCCUGCUGCAUUUAGGUGGAAUUUACUAUUAGAACAACAUAAAGCAUGUGUUAUAACAAUAGCAUGUGCAGUAAUAUAGCAUAUUUUUUUCCUUGAGUAUUGAAGAAAUUGGCUUCUACACAUCUGUACUGCAACCGAUUGUCCAAGAUGCUUGUACAGUAUAACUCAGGAGCUACUGAUCUGUAUAUACACCCACAUUUUUGGGAGUUUCACUUCCUAUGCUAUUUGAAUACUUAUGGCAAAACCCAAGGGCAUUUUCAGUAAUUCUGAGGACCACAACAAAGCAAUGGUUUUUACUUCUAUUUUUUUCUUAUACUUUUUGAGCAACUGUAUUUCCAAGUCAAUUUUUGAUGGUGAUGACUUUCACUGCUGAUGAAACAAGAGGAAAAGUAAUGUCUAAGGCACAGUGAAAGCCAGUGCACACUUGAUAAUAUUUGAUAAUUCAUCAUGUAAGAUAUCUGCAAUAAUUUCUUACAUAUAUAAGGCUCCUUAAGAUAAACUGAUGUGGAAAAUAAGUUGAUUGUAUGACUGGAAACUUGCAAGAAUGUUGAAAUAAAUUAUAUAAUUUUGUGCAAAAGUCAAA